AUUUUGCAGGAUCCUGAACCAAAUACAACUAUAUCCGAAGUGCAUCGAAAAGCUCUUUCUCUUAUUUCUUAUAUCGGAUGUGGAUUAUCUGUUUUUGGAUUAUUCCUAACUAUCAUUACUUAUUCUCUGUUCAGGUGUUUGAAUAAGGAUCAUUCCGGAAAAAUCUUGCUCAAUCUCUGCAUCUCUAUGCUUUUAAUGAAUCUAUCGUUUCUAGCCAACUCUAUUCCACUUUUUCGUAAAGAAUUGUGUACAAUAUCAGCCAUAUUCAUCCAUUAUUUUGUUCUAACCACUUUAUCUUGGAUGUGCGUAGAAGCUAUAAAUAUCUACCAAUUAUUAAUUCAUGUAUUUGCAUCAGUAGAAACUCGUUUUAUGUUAAAAAGGUUCAUUGUUGCUUGGGGAAUUCCAUUUAUCAUUGUGGCCAUAACAGCAGGAAUAAAUUUAAAAUAUUACGAAAAUCCAAAUGAGUACUGUAUGUUGUCUCCAGAAAACCCAUAUGUCUAUUAUAUUUCUCUUCUUGGACCGUCUUGUCUUAUUUUAUCUGUAAAUUUAAUUGUAUUCAUUAUGGUGAGUCGAGUAUUAUUUACUCCUCGCAUGAACUCCAAACCAGGAGCAACGAAAAAGAGAGGAACUGUCACAAUUGCUCAGAUCCGUGGUGCGUUUACUGUUAUGGUGCUUUUAGGAAUAACUUGGGUAUUUGGAGCUCUAGCCGUGAAACAAGUGAAGUUAAUAUUUCAAUAUAUUUUCUGUAUUGCAAAUUCUCUUCAAGGGCUAUUGAUUUUCAUCGUCAGAUGUUUGUUAUAUCCAGAAGCUAGAUGUGCUUGGAAACAAUUAAUAUCUACUGGCACUUUAAAACGACAUCGUGGUGUUUCUCCUCCUGGAGGCUCAUGGUACGCAAAUUCAAAUUCCAGUCAAAAACAAAACGGUUGUUCAACAUCUAGUCGUCUAAACAGUAGCGAGAAUACAAACGCUAUUGUCUUCAAUACUAAUUAUUGGAAUUCGGAAAAAGAAUCAAGCAGAUCAUUGCCACUGAAGUUUCCUUGUUUGGGGACUGUCACCACUGCUAAAAACAAUGUUCAGCAAAAGGAACCAAAACGAAAAUCAAACAAUACUGGUUUAUAUGGGACUACUUAUGCCAGAAAUUCUAGAGAUCUUCCUCCUCCUCUUAAUGAUCCUACAAUUGUUUAUAUAGAUGAAGAAGAACAAGAGAAAGUAUUAGACAAUUCGCAUCCUUCCGAUGUGUAUAAAAGUCUUUUGGAGCGACCCGAUUAUUUUAGUCAAGAAUUGGAAAAAAGAAAUACUCUUCAGAGGACUGUCACUACUUUCUUAACAGGAAGGGAAGGACAGAGAGAUACACCCACUGCUUCGCUUCUUGCAGAAUCUCCCCACACAGAACAGAGUAGUGUUGCUGAAAGUCCUGCUCCCACAGAACAGAUGCCACAAACACGAAAUGAGAAGAAAAAAUUAUCAGUCAAGUCAAAAGAAUCGAAUGAAGAUAACCGAAAUGAAAUCACGACCCAAACUAGAAUGGACAGCACAGAAGAACGUACAGAACUAUAAAAACUGAAAUGAGGGAUGUAUUUCUCUCGUGAAUUAGUCCAAAGAUUGGCAGUAUUAUUCAGGUGACAUAUUCAUAAGCUGACUUUAAAUUAUAUACUCACCUACCCAUAGUCCUCUCGAAGAGGCAAUGUACAGAACAGGUGGAUAAAAAGUCCUAUUAUAUAUUUGUUAUAAUCUCGUUUAAAAAAUACUACUAAUUAGUAAAUGCAAGAAAUUCGAUGUAAAGAUUUAAUUAGAAAUUAAAUUGUUUUUAACCUUCUU